AUGCUGGCCGAGAUCCUGAUCGCUCUGCCAUGGCUUGUAAAGACGACCUUGAUUGAGCGAGACACAGCGUCCUGUCCCCACGGCUCGUCCUCACCCUCCGCGUCCUCCUCCUCCCCGAAAUCAACUUUGCCCUCCUGUUCCUGCACCCGACCGCGAUUGCUUGAUCACAAUACGCUCUCCAUUGUAGAGUGCGAACUUGUCUCCCCGGACCAGCUACUCUCGAUCGAGGGAGCAACUCACCUCGUCGCUCUCCCGUCGCCAGCUCACGUUCGUGCCCGAGGAACCAUCAUAGGAGGUUGCGACAGCGACUUGGUGUGGGCGGUCGACUACCGAGGAAAUGCAAUGGUCGUGAAAGGCGGGCCCGGGAUCACGCGGUCGGAGGCUGACAUGGCAGCGUACGUCGAUAGCAGAACGGCAGUACCCGUCCCUCAGGUCUACGGUGCCGUACAAGAAAGCGACUCGACCUUUCUCUACUUUGAGCGGAUCGUCGGCGAGCCGUUGGACCAGGCCUGGCCUCGCAUCGCAAGGGCGGGCUAUGCGUCCGUCUGCGAGCAGCUUCGCGAACUGCUCGACGAGCUGCACUCGCUCGAAGCGCCUCCAGGAACCAUCGCCGGCAGUCUCGACGGCAGCAACACCUUCGCCUUCACUUUCCGCCAGCGAAACAAAGAACCGCGCGCCUUUGGAAACCUUACGUCGACAGCCGAGAUUGUCAAUCACGCUCGUCAGCGCUACCUCGCGAUGCCGGGAAACACGGUGGAUCGCUGGGCUGCACUCGAGUCGCGCGUCGACCGGUCCGCACCACUCGUCGCCGUUCACGGCGACCUCCACCCGGGCAACAUCCUCGUUUCGGUGCACGACGCGCGAGUCGUCCGCAUCGUCGGCCUAGUCGACUGGGAGAACGGCGGCUUCUAUCCGGAAUGGGUGGAGAGGUUCGCCAUCGUCAACAGGGUCGUCAACAGCAGCAGUCGGCACCUCUACCCGCUUUUGCGCACCGUCUUCGGACUGAGCGAGCCCUUUCCCGCGACCAAGGCCGAUUACGAGUGGGUGCGGGUGCUGUGCAAGGCUGUGCGCAUGUGA